AUGGAGCUGUUUCGCGGCAGGGUUCGUUUCAUGAAUAUCGUCAGGUGCACCUACCCCAACGACAAGUCCAUGCUUCUCAUCAUGACCGACGGAGCAUGCCUUAACAACGGCCAAUCCAAUCCGAAGGCAGGUUGGGCAUUUGUACAGGGGCUUCAUAUUGAGGGCCAACCGCUCGUGGUCUCAGGUCGUCUGGAAAAGCAGGGCCCUUGGGGUGAUGACGGCAUCCAAAGCAGCAACCGGGCUGAGCUGCGAGCUGUCAUCGCCGCCCUGCGUUUCCGACACUGGCCGGGCGAGGGCUUCAGUACAGUCAUCAUCGCCACCGACUCUGAGUACGUCGUGGAGGGCUCGACACAGUGGGCGAAGGCUUGGGUGCAGAACAAUUGGAGGACGAAAGGUAAGAAGGGGGCGGCGGCAACGUCAGAACAAGGACUUGUGGAGAUGCUCUUGGGGAGUGUGCGAAAAAUGCUGCCGCCAGAAGAAACGCCUGUCGAGUGGAAGGAUUGCCUGGGCCUCGCAAUAUGA